AUGCAACUACACUGCACGGCGCGGCGCGGCGCAGCGCAGCCAAACGUGCCCCGACUGAACUGUCCUGCCCAGCUCCCCAGCGGGUGGCUCCGGGGGCGCACGUCUCCCAUACCGGACCCGGACACGGACCCGGCCACGGACCCGGCCACGAACACGAACACGGCCACGGGCAUCGCCGAAGCCGCCCCAACAAGAUCCAUCCCCGUCUUCCUGGCGCCUCGCGGAGCCGAGACCCUGCUUUGCCGUGCCGCAGACGGACACAGUCGGGGCAGCGAGAAGCAAAAGGCGACCGACCGACUCCACGUCACGCCGACAUUGCAAAGUCUUGCCCAACUGCAGGCUACCCUUGUCCCGCGGCCGUGGCUGCCCAGCGCAUCGUCACUGCCCGCCACUCGCUCGGCAUUCCUUGGGCAGAAAUUCCCCUUUGCAUUAGACGAACCGAACCGCUCAGACACUUGCCGCCGUGUCGGAGUCCCCGUGCCGCACACGCCAAGGACGGUGAAAGCAAAAGCCAUGCAUGCAACCACCUCUCCUGCGAGCACCGCCGCCGCCGCCACCGAGCAAGAGCCUCAAAAAGACGCCGCCGUCGCCGACAAGAACAGUCAAGUCCUUGGCUUGUCCGCUCUCCCAUUAUGCAUGCCGAGGAGCCCAGCAUAA